AUGCCUAGUGAGCUUGAAGAACUAGUCUCUUUCUUACAUUCGCCCCAGCCCGCAGUUGUUCAAAUAGCAUUGGAUAAUUUGGUAGGGUAUUCUCAAGGAGCUCAGAGACAGAUAUUUAGCUAUGAUAACUACCAAGCAAUAGAAGAUUUAAAGAAGUUAGUUAAAAGUGAAGGAAAGACUGAUGUUACUAACUCUGUGACUAUCUUGGCUAAUUUAUGUGAUGAUAUCGUUAUGAGAGAUAUGAUAGCGGAUGAUGUGGAUUUUUUAAAAUACCUUGUCAGUCGAAUUAUUAAUGUCAAGAACUCUAAUGCAGACCUCAUGUGUAUAUUAUUAGCCAAUCUAGCAAAGAGUGAUGCCAUAACCAAAAUAUUUGAUAUCAAGUUAGAAAAUGUGAAAGGAAAAGGUGGACAUUUUCAGUCUGAUAAAGCCAUGGACUGUUUAAUGGAUUGUUUUGUUAAAGGAUUUGAUCGAUCUUUGAACGAAUAUGCUAAUUACGACUAUUUGGCAUAUUUUUUUGCUGAUAUAUCUAGAUAUGCUAUUGGCAGAAAGUAUUUCAUUACUAAACAGAAAUAUGAUGGUGUGGAGCCAUUAUCGAAGCUUUUGGUUUUCACUGAAAAAUAUGACUCCAAGGUUAGACGGGAAGGGGUUGCAUCAACAAUCAAAAACUCAUUAUUUGACAUAGAAAGUCACUAUCCUUUAUUGAGUGACGAGGACAUAAAUUUGUUACCUUAUAUACUCUUGCCUAUAGCUGGUCCUGAAGAUAUUGACGAAGAAGACAUGUUCAAGUUACCUGAAGAAUUGCAGCUUCUACCUUCAGAUAAGAAAAGAGAGCCCUUGGCAUCCAUCAUCUGUACUCAUUUGGAAUCUUUAUUACUUCUUUGCACAACGAAAGAAGCAAGGAAUUACCUAAGAGAUCAUGGUAUUUAUCCUUUGAUUAGAGAAUUACACAAGUCAACCGAAUCAGAGGAGGUUGCUGAGUUAUGUGAUAGAUUAGUCCAGCUUUUGAUGAGAGAUGAAGCAAAAGACGAAGUUGAAGAGGAGUCCGACGAGGACGAAAAAAUUGUAGAAGUUUUGUGA